GGGUGCCAGUGGGCGGUAGGUUGAGGAAGUUUGGGUCUACUUUCCUACCUGUGGAUUUAUUAAUGCUACUUAGCUUCUUACUGUCACAGAAACAGAAAAAUAUCAGAAGAUAUCAAAAAUGACCUCACUUACUGAUCUGGAGCAACUUGCAGAAGUUGAGCUUCAGAAGGAGGAAGAGGAGGAGAAGGAGCAGAUGUGGGUCUCUGACAGUCCUUCAGCUCCUCCCACUAACAAACUGAGUCCUGAUCCAUCCCACCCCUACUAUGAUGUGGCUCGACAUGGGAUCAUCCAGGUUUCUGGAGACGACAACUAUGGCAGGAAGUUGAUCAUCUUCAGCAGCUGUUGUCUGCCUCCAUCCCACCAGUUGAACCAUCACCGCCUGCUCGAGUACCUGAAGUACACGCUUGAUCAGUAUGUGGAGAUGGACUACAUCUUGGUUUACUUCCAUUAUGGUCUAAGGAGCAGCAACAAGCCUUCUUUACGGUGGCUGCGAGAAGCUUACAGUGAAUUUGAUAGGAAAUACAAGAAAAACCUGAAGACUCUGUACGUCGUCCACCCUACAAACUUCAUCAGGAUCGUCUGGAACAUUUUCAAACCCCUGAUCAGUCGCAAAUUUGGCAAGAAGCUAACCUAUGUGAACUACCUGGCUGAGCUCAGAGAUCACCUGAACUAUGAGCAGCUCAUCAUCCCUCCUGACGUACUCAGACAUGAUGAGAAGUUAUGUGCAAUACAGAAAGAUAGACCCCCACCCUCAGUGAAAAAACCCCCACCUCGACCCCCCCUGCCAACUCAGCAGUUUGGUGUCAGUCUCCAGUACAUCAGAGAGAAGAACAGAGAGGCUAUAAUCCCACUUGUGAUGUCCCAGACCAUCACCUACCUGAAGGAGAAAGGGUUGAGGACUGAGGGGAUCUUCAGACGCUCAGCUCAUGUUCAGCUCAUCAAGGACAUCCAGAAACUCUAUAAUCUUGGGAAGCCUGUGAACUUUGAACAGUACGGGGACGUCCAUGUUCCCGCUGUGAUCCUGAAGACGUUUCUCAGAGAGCUGUCUGAACCGCUGCUCACCUUCAGAGUCUACAACCAGGUCCAAGAGAUCCUCAAUGUGGAGAGCAGCCUGCGGGUGACGAGGUGUAAACAAAUUGUUGAAAGUCUUCCCGAACAUCAUUUCAUUGUGUUGAAGUACCUGAUCUGUUUCCUCCACAUGGUUUCUCAGGAGAGUAUCGUUAAUAAGAUGAGUCCAUCUAACCUGGCCUGUGUUUUCGGGGUGAACCUGGUUUGGCCUCGGCAGGGUUCCAUCUCUCUGUCCGCUCUGAUGCCCAUCAACAUCUUCACUGAGAUCCUCAUCGAACACUUCCACACUCUGUUCAGCUCCCGCUGCCCACCUGGACAGGUAACACCCUGAACCUGGUACCAGACGCCCACUCAUCCUCUGGGACUUUAUCACCUUUUCUCCUUUCUUUCUGAUUGGUUUUCCAAGCCCAGGAAGACAUCCCAACAGCUGUGAAUUUAUUAUACGCAGAUGUUUCCUAAUGACUCUGAUCUUUUUAUGAACUGCACCAUUAGGACAAAUAUCAAACUUUUCCCAAAGGGUUUGAAAACAUUUUCCUCCUCCCUAGAGGUUGAUGUCUUUCCAUUUUGACCACAGAGAUUUUCUCUGGCAAGACCAUCCUGACACACAUUAUCACAGAAUAUAAGACAAAACACUUUAAUAUACACUGCUCAAAAAAAUUAGAGGAACACUUCGAAAACACAUCAGAUCUAAACAGGGGGAAAAAUUAUCUUGAAUAUCUUUCCUGAUAAUAAGUAGGUGAUGUAUUAGUAACAAAAUGAUGCCACAAAAUUUGACAGAAAUGAAAAUGAUCACCCUAAAGAGGGGGGAAAUCAAAGACACCUCAAAAAUGAAAGUGAAAAAAUGAUGCAGCAGACUGGUCCAUUCUGCCAAAAUGUCAUUGUAGCAACUCAAAAUGAUUCUCAGUAGUUUGUAUGGCCCCCACGUGCUUGUACGCAUGCCUGACAACGUCGGGGCAUGCUCCUAAUGAGACGACUGAUGGUGUCCUGGGGGAUCUCCUCCCAGAUCUGGACCAGGGCAUCACUGAGCUCCUGGACAGUCUGAGGAGCAACCUGGUAGCGCCGGAUGGACCUAAACAUAAUGUCCCAGAGGUGUUCUAUUGGGUUUAGGUCAGGUGAACAUGGGGGCCAGUCAAUGGUAUCAAUUCCUUCAUCCUCCAGGAACUGCCUGCAUACUCUAGCCACAUGAGGUCGGGCAUUGUCGUGCACCAGGAGGAACCCAGGUCCCACUGCACCAGCGUAGGUUCUGACAAUGGGUCCAAGGAUUUCAUCCCGAUACCUAAUAGCAGUCAGGGUGCCAUUAUCUAACCUGUAGAGGUCUGUGCGUCCUUCCAGGGAUAUGCCUCCCCAGACCAUCACUGACCCACCACCAAACCGGUCAUGCUGAAUGAUGUUGCAGGCAGCAUAACGUUCUCCACGGCGUCCCCAGACCCUUUCACGUCUGUCGCAUGUGCUCAGGUUGAACCUGCUCUCAUCGGUGAAGAGCACAGGGCGCCAGUGGCAUAGUUGCCAAUUCUGGUGGUCUAUGGCAAAUGCCAAUCGAGCUCUACGGUGCUGGGCAGUGAGCACAGGGCCCACUACAGGACGUCGGGCCCUCAGGCCACCCUCAUGGAGCCUGUUUCUGAUUGUUUGCUCAGAAACAUUCACACCAGUGGCCUGCUGGAGGUCAUUUUGUAGGGCUCUGGCAGUGCUCAUCCUCUUCCUCCUUGCAUAAAGGAGCAGAUAGCGAUCCUGCUCAGGGUUUAAGGACCUUCUACGGCCCUGUCCAGCUCUCCUGGAGUAACUACCUGUCUCCUGGAAUCUCCUCCAUGCUCUUGAGACUGUGCUGGGAGACACAGCAAACCUUCUUGCAACGGCACGUAUUGAUGUGCCAUCCUGGAGGAGUUGGACUACUUGUGCAACCUCUGUAGCGUCCAGGUACCAGAGAUGUUGAUCCAAGCCAAAUGAAAAACUACAGCAGCAGAAAGUCAGUCAGUAAAAAAUCAGCCAAAAGAGAUGAGGAGGGAAAAAAAGUAUCAGUGGCCUCAACCUGGAAAACCAUUCCUGUUUUGGGGGCUGUCUCAUUGUUGCCCCUCUGAUGCACCUGUUGUUGAUUUCAUUAACAACAAAGCAGCUGAAACUGAUUAACAACCCCCUCUGCUACUUAACUGACCAGAUCAAUAUCCCAGAAGUUUGACUGAUAGGUUGCUAUACUCUGAUUAAAAAGUGUUCCUCUAAUUUUUUUGAGCAGUGUAUGUCAAGUACCCAUGAUUAUGGACAACAUGAAAAUUGUGGUUUACAGGUGCAUCUCAAAAAAUGAGAAUAUUGAAUCUUAAUUACCAAAACAGUUCCUUGAUUGUCUUUUUACUCAUUUAUUUAAUGUUCAUCAUCAUGUUUGUGAUUUAGCUGAACUACAAGGAUUUUGACUUUGUCAACAAUGAAACUAAAACUGAGGCGAUUGUGGGGGAAAACAAUGUAUCUUGAUUUUUUUUUUUUUUCUCUGCAUCACAAUUACAUGUUUCAUGAUUUCAAACAUUUAGUUGUCUACAUGAACUCAGGACAAACCAAACUUUUACAUGGUAUAUAUCAACAAAAGGCAGCACUCAGAGGGAUGUCUGUGCAUUUAUGAAAUAAAAAAAAAAAAAGGAAAUAAAAAAAGAGCGCCACACGUGGGUAUCUGGACAAACGCAUUCUCAGUGAUUAUAUUACAACAUACAAUCAGGCUGCAUUUAGAAGUUUUGUAUAAAGAAAGAAAUGUCUCCAAAGAAAGUAAAACAAAACAUUAAUUACUUUUAUCAUUUAUUUACUCAUUUAGUUAAUUCCAGAGAUUUGGCAGCCCUAGUUUAAACUGACUUUUGCCACAGUAAUAAAAAAAAAAACAAAACUUAAACCUUUUUAAUAAUCCAUUAUGAUUUUAUUUGUUCCUACUUAAAAUGCAAAAAAAAGGUCCAGUGUUUGUGAGGAUUGUCAGUAAAGUGAAUUGGAUUGGAGCCCAUCACCUCAGGACGAUGGACAUUAACAACAUAAUCAGGGAUUGACUAAUAUUUAUCUCUGCAGCCUUACAUAAGACUGAAAGCUUCAGAAAUAACUAUUUUACACAUAAACAUAGAUUUAAGAAACCUUAACUAAAGUAAAAUCCACACACAUCAGACCAUGAACACCUCACAUUGGGUGUAUAGUGUGUGUACAUUUGUUGCCCAACACUGGUUUAGACUUGACUAAACAUGAAGGCUGUGCUUUAAUUACAUCUUGUACUGUUGUGAAUUCAUGACUCAAGAACAACUGUAAAUUAACUCAUUUAAGACAAUGUUAAUGAGUAAGUGUUACUGUUUAUAAACUGUUACAUUAUUCAGCCUGACUUAAGAGUAUUAAAAAUUUGCUACUGACACAUUUUCUAGGUACAAAGUGUUUUUUUUAGUGAAUUAAAUACAGAGCUGAAUGUGUUACCAACAGAAAAUAAACAUGUCGUGUCUCCUCUG